AUGUGCGAUACUCCACAGAGGAUUGUACCGGCCAGGAGUGGUGGGACACACCAAAAUAACAGAAGCCAAAUUGCACAAGCUAGUAGGGAAAAAAAAAUGGACGAAAAGAAGGGUGCACGUGGAUCAUCCUUCUUCACCAAGAAAGUUGCUCUCCUCUUUGUUGUUUAUGCUUAUAUUUUUAUAAAGUAUCAUAAUGAUUAUAGAAGACAAGAUGCUGGUGAUCCUGCGAAUGUACAAAUAAGGAACGGAGUUGCUAAAAAUUUAGCUGCAAAAAAGGAUGGAACUCCAUCACAAGAUAAACUUCUAAUUGAAAGGGUGUUACAUAAUCUUGAAGAAGAGGAAGACUAUAAGUCUAAGCAACAAGUAGCUCAGGCCAAGAAAGAAGACGCAGAUGAAGCUAAGAAAAAAUCCGAUCAGGCUAAGAGAAGAGCUGAUGAGGCUAAGAAAAAAGCCGAUGAAGCUAAGAAAAAAUCCGAUAAGGCUAAGAAAAAAGCAGAAAAGAAAAAAAAAAAAGAAGAAGAUAAGGCUAAGAAAAAAGCCGAAAAGAAAAAAAAAAAAGAAGAAGAUAAGGCUAAGAAAAAAGCAGAAAAGAAAAAAAAAAAAGAAGAAGAUAAGGCUAAGAAAAAAGCCGAAAAGAAAAAAAAAAAAGAAGAAGAUAAGGCUAAGAAAAAAGCCGAAAAGAAAAAAAAAAAAGAAGAAGAUAAGGCUAAGAAAAAAGCCGAAAAGAAAAAAAAAAAAGAAGAAGAUAAGGCUAAGAAAAAAGCAGAAAAGAAAAAAAAAAAAAGAAGAAGAUAA